AUGUUCCAGCUGAAGGUGCUGUUCUUAGCCUUGCUCACGGCCGCCAUGGCAAAGAACACUACUUCGGCCUCCGCCACCGUCGACUGGCUACCGGUUUUCAAGCUCAAGGUCAGAGACAACAGAGCCAUUGAUUACACAAUCGAAAUAGGAAGUCCUCGUCAAACACUCGAGUUACGACUAGAUGUUGGAAACGCAAAUCUCUGGGUGCCCGGCGCAGACAGCUUUACAGCGUGCCCAACCGCGCGCGCGACCUCCACCACAGCAGACUCCACCACCUCGGGAACUGCCUCUGCGUACGUCACUCCUUGCGCUCCGCUGGGUGUCUACGACCUCAACAGCUCUUCAAGUGGGUCGUAUUUUUCUGGUGUUGGCGAUAUCGCCGUUGACAGCGAGGACGACGCCACUGGAGUGGACUAUUCGUACCUCGACGGUAUCGAAAUCUCGGGACAUUUGGCAGUCGAUGGCUUCGACUUCCCCAUCCAGGACGCAUUCAGAAACGGCUCUUCUGUCAACCACUCGCUGGCCCUCCAAGACAUGAGAUUUUUGUACGCUAACGACUCGAAUGUGAACACGGGCGCGCUCGGUUUGGGAAUCCCGUGCCACGAUUACUCUGUCAGUUUCAUUGACUACUUCAAAAAGGCAGACUUUAUCAAAAAUAGUUCCUACUCGCUAGUCACAAGCACGGUAAAUAAGAGCGACCCAGUUUUGAUUUUGGGUGGGGUCUCCUCGACGCGAAUUUCCGGCGACUUCUACCAGUACGACUUCGUGCCCGUUGUUGAUGUCACGCAACGUUUUGUCACCAUCAACGGCGGAUACACCGAUACGCUACCGAUUGUUCCUAUAACCGGCAUCGGCGUCACAGCAAGCGAUGGUGAGUCAGUUAUGUUCCCACACACAUUCACCGAACAGAACGCCACGGGAACGUACCCGAAACCUGCGCUUUUGGACUCGCGGACGCUGUACAACUUCAUUCCGUACUCGACGCUCAUUGAGCUGGCAUUGGAGCUCAACGCGUACUAUGCCAGCGACAUGGACGUGUGGCUUGUCAAUUGCGACGUUGGCUCUGUCGGCACCAUCGACAUCCAUCUCGGAGACCUUGUGGUGAAGAUGCCCAUCAGUAGCGUGUUGUACGAGCAGAAGAACGACGACGGCUCGGACCUGGUGUUCCAAAGCGGCGAUAAAGCUUGUGCUCUUGCGUUUCUCCCAGAUAACACCUUCGGAUACUCUCUGCUAGGUCUUCCUUUCCUCAAGAACAUAUAUCUGGCCGUCAACAACGAUUACAGAACGCUGGCAAUCUCCAACAUUGUGCGCGACAACAAAAAGAAUACCAAGGCAGACGUUCUUUAUCCAAUGGAGUCAGAGACCAUUCCUCUCGCUCGGUAUAAUAACAUUUCCAGCUACUCGGAGAUCACCAUGACUGUCACCACGUACGCUCUGAAACCCUCUCAACUGCCCAAAUACACGGAGGUGUUCGUUUCUGACGGUGAAGUGUACGUUACGGGCUCAGACGACUCGCCGUCUACCUCAGCAGGACCAUCCCCCUCUGGCUCCUAUUCCGGCUCAACUAGAAGCGCGGCUUCGAGCCACCGCCAGAGCACGGCACUGCCGUCCCUGCUGGUUCUUCUGGUGCUUUUUGUGUAUUUUCUCUGA